CAUAACGUUCUUCCUGCCUGAACUUGGCCUACAGUUUUGUGCGCUUGCUACGUUCACGACGUUCAGUGUCGCGUCGUACGUAGAUGGUGACGGUUCGUUGGAAGAGGAUUUUUAGUUAAUGGAAAGUUCACCGGGAAUGUGGAAGUAUAUUUGCGAGUAAAUCUCUUCCUCGCGCUCUACCGAGUGUAGGUGCAUCGAAGAAAGGGAAAAGUAUCGUCAUUCGCAGUUACAAUCGUACAUUAUGGCAAAUUUAAGACAAACUCCGCUGACUUGUAGUGGACAUACUAGACCCGUGGUGCAUCUCGCAUUCUCCGAUAUCACUGAAUCUGGAUAUUAUCUGAUUUCGGCGUGCAAAGAUGGCAAACCUAUGUUACGACAAGGAGAUACUGGAGAUUGGAUUGGAACAUUUGAAGGACAUAAAGGAGCAGUGUGGGGUGUUGCAUUAAACCCUCAGGCUACAAGAGCUGCUUCAGGUGCUGCAGAUUUUAAUGCUAAAGUUUGGGAUGCAAUAAAAGGAGAAGAAAUUCAUUCAUUUCAACAUAAACAUAUUGUUAAAUCUGUCAACUUUAGUACAGAUUCUAAUUAUUUGUGCACUGGCUCCAAUGAGAAACUUGUACGAAUUUAUGAUCUUAACAAACCAGACGCAGCACCACAAGUUUUCUCAGGCCAUAAAAAUGGUAUCAGACAUGUUACCUUUUUCAAUAAUAAUACUGCAUUAAUUACUUGUGGCGAUGAUAAAACAUUAAGAGUUUGGGAUAGGAAUAGUGGUCAAGAAGUCAAAAGGUUAGAUUUUCCGGCAAUUCCAAAUUCUAUGGAAGUAUCAAGAGAUGGAAAUAUCAUUACCACAACUCAUUCCAAUAUAGUUACUUUUUGGAAUAGUAGAGAAUUAACCAAAUUACGUGAAUACACUGCACCAACACAAAUGAAUAGCGCCAGUUUGCAUCCAGAUUGUAGUAUUUUUGUAUGUGGAGGAGAAGAUUUAAAAAUGUACAAGUUUGAUUAUACUACGGGCGCGGAAAUUGAAUCAUUUAAAGGACACUUUGGACCUGUGCACUGUGUACGUUUCUCACCGGAUGGUGAAUUAUACGCUAGUGGUUCAGAAGAUGGUACAUUGAGAUUAUGGCAAACAACUGUUGGAAAAACUUAUGGUCUCUGGCGAUGUAUAGAACAAACACCUGCAAUACAAGAAAAUACUACUGUGCUUAAUAAUAAACAAGAAGUUCCUGCCAGUUAAAGAUCUAACGAUUCAUAAAUAAUGUAUUUUUAAUACCUUCCAAAAGAGAAAAAAAGAGAAGAUUACAUCAUCGAGAGAUGUACGUAUUAUAUAUAAAGGAUAAAUCACGGCAAUUUAUAUCGUUGAAAUUGUAUUUAAUCGGCUGAUAUCUGUCAUAUGUUUUGUACAUAUAAUCAGAUCUCUAUAAUAUGCCUUGAAUCAGCCUAAAUAAUCGCGAUAUUCCGGGAAAAGCGAUUUCAUAGUUUAAUAAGUAAUGGAAGUCUGGGACGCCGUUUACUAUUUAUUAUAGAAAAGAAAAAAAAAGAAAUAUUAACAUUUAUUAACAUUAUACAUGUCACUAUUAUACUACAAAAUUAGAUAGAGGUGUAAUGACAAAAAGAAAGACAAUUCAGAAUUAAAUUUUGUGUUCGCAUUUGUUA